AUGUUGAAAUUUCAGGAUCCGGUUUACGGUAGUGCAGAACAAUCAGACGAUUGGAUCAAUGCAAAUCCCCUUGAUCGCACCGAUGAUACCGCGGACAGAGCUGUGUUCAUUCAACCAUUAGCACCUAGAGCGUCAAAAUAUGACAACUCACAUUUUCUGAAUGCUGAACUGGCGAAACUCGAGCAAAACGGACAGCAACAAAAGCAACAAGCACUUGAUCAACAAAAUGGUCAUCAGUCUUUGGAAAUGCCUUCUGGAGAAGAGCAAAUUCUCGACAGAAGACGCAAGGAUUCCAGAGCAAGCGCAGAGAUUCGGCCGAGUCUGUCGAGCGGCGAAAGUCGACCGAAAUCCUACGAAGAGGGCGCUGGCGACGAGGAGAAUGCAGAUAGUGAUGGCGCAAACCAACAGAUUCUCACAAAGCAAGGUGUUAGUCGUCCGAAAUCAACCUCUGCGGAUGAAUCUGAUCGUGAAGGCGAUUCAGAGAAUCUCCAGCAAACGGGCACUGAUCAUAUGACUGCAAGCAAGGAGACAGCAUCCACUGAGUAUCAAAGUGAGAUGAAUGCUAGUGAUAACGAUAAUAUCACCACCGUUGAGCUAUCGCCACAAACCGAAGUGAUGUUUCGUUCUGAAGAGACUAACGAAACGGAUUCUCUACGGAAUCUUACGUCGCUAUCGACCACGACACCUCUCAGGCAAGUGAUCAUUAAGUUCGAUAGCCAAGAAAGGCAAGCACUUGAUCAUCGAGCACGAAGUAUCGCUGCGGUGGCCGAAGACCAACAAAAGACUGUAACUGAGCCAGAAUACUCACUACAAUUAGACUCUAAACUAGCAGCAGCAGCAGCAGUUAACUCGUCAGAAGAAAGUGACAACUACGCAAGUGUUUCGACCAGUUCAGUAACUUCAUCGUAUUCGCACCUUUCAAGUGGAGCCGAGUUGAACAGUGAAGAAGAGUUACUCAACCUGAGCUCAUCCUCCAAUGAGACAUCGCUGGAAGAGUCGGCAAGAAAUUGCAGCAGUACUGCAGGCAGUGGAGAACCGUGCAGUUUCGAAGAGGCUAGCAGUGAGCAAUCCGAAGCACUCUUCGCCAACCUUAACCAACGAGUGUCCUCGUCAGAACAUCAGAAAGAGAUGCCGUUGAAUCCGAAAAGUGGAGUGAUUUUUGCGAACGGAACGAGUGCUGAAAAAGUGGGCAGGAUUGUUAUCGCAGCUCCUGAUUUCCCAAUAUUCGAUGCAGCUCACGAAGGGAAACCAGCCGCUGGCCCUAUAGACGUGAACGAAUUGCGAUGGGAGAGUCUGGGCUCGCUGAACGACUCAGAAAUACAGGUGGAACGAGAUUGUAAGGAGAAUUCAAAAACCGGCGCUACCGAAUGUUUAGAAAGACUGCGAAAUGUCUCAUGUUUGCCAGCCGAUUCAUCAUUAGAAUCAUCGACGUCACUGGAAUCGGAAGCCUCAGCACUAGCAGAGUAUGCGUCUGAACAACGCAUCAAUCUGGUCAAAUGUCCCGAAAGCAUGGAUUUGACGAUUCUAGCAGAAACAAAUUACACAUUCGACUUGUGUCGAAAGUACAAAAUAAUCAACGGAAUGGCUUAUGACAUCGUGGAGUUCCCUUGCAGACAGAUGGUUUUCAAUGAAACAGCGAAUGCCACUUUAAGUGAGCUGAGGUCAACAGGCAUAUUCGAAGGACAAACCGUUGAACCAGAAGUGAUCACUUCCUACGCUCUAACAAAUGAGACAACCCCCACCGCGCUGGAACAAGAAGGCGUAGAGACGACCACGGAGAGCACUACAGGUGUUUUGGCUGAGUGGAAUUUCACCUUUUGA